AUGAAACAAAUAGCAUUGAUGCAAAGCUCCAACAGGUUUCCUAUAAAUAGAUCACCAGCUUCUUCCCUUGUGUCACCAAGUAGUCCUCUAAUGGCGAAUCACUUGCAGCUUCUCUUCCUUGUUCUCACUUCUCUUUUAGCUGGUGUUAUUUCGAAGAAGGCCCCCGAACCUUAUGUUGUUUACAUGGGGGGAGUACUUGAAGGUGGUGACCAAGAAGCUUCACAAGCAUCUCACUUGCAGAUGUUAUCCUCUGUUCUUCCAAGUGCGGAGAAAGGAAGAGUGUCUCUUGUCCAAAGUUACCAUCAUGCAUUCAAAGGAUUCUCAGCCAUGCUUACUGAAGAAGAAGCUGCUUUACUAUCUGACAACAAAGAGGUGGUGUCGGUUUUCCGAGACCGGACUCUUCAACUCCACACCACGCGCUCUUGGGACUUCUUGGAGGCAGAAUCCGGCGUCGGAGCAGAGAGGCUCCAACACAAAGCUUCUAAUGAUGUGAUAAUCGGCAUCAUCGAUACUGGAAUAUGGCCGGAAUCACCCAGCUUCAGUGACGCUGGGAUGGGGGAGAUCCCUUCGAGGUGGAAAGGCACCUGCAUGGAAGCAACUGACUUCAAAAGAUCAGACUGCAACAGGAAACUGAUAGGUGCAAGAUACUACUCCGGCCAAGCUCACACAGGAGCUCACUCAGCGAGGGAUUCCGUUGGCCACGGAACGCACACAGCCUCCACCGCCGCCGGCUCGGUGGUGCUGAACGCUAACUACUACGGCCUUGCUCAGGGAGUAGCCAAAGGAGGUUCUCCCUCGAGCAGGCUCGCCGUCUACAGGGCGUGCUCGCUGGGCGGAUGCGCUAGCUCCGCCGUGCUGAAGGCGAUCGACGACGCAGUCCAUGACGGCGUCGACGUAAUCUCGAUAUCGAUAGGGAUGAGCUCCGCGUUCCAGACGGAUUUCCUCAGCGACCCCAUCGCCAUCGGCGCGUUCCAUGCCAAUCAAAGGGGCGUGCUGGUCGUCUGCUCCGCCGGAAAUGACGGACCGGAUCCAUACACAGUGGUCAAUUCAGCGCCCUGGAUCUUCACGGUGGGAGCUUCCAGCAUCGACAGGACUUUCCAGUCGACGAUACUUCUUGGAGAUGGAAGCACGCUUAAGGGAUCUGCCAUCAAUUUCUCGAAUCAUACUCGUUCAGAAUCAUAUUCGCUAAUGUUCGCCGGAGAUGCAGCAGCAGAGUAUACUCCCGUAUCAGAAGCAAGCAAUUGCUAUCCUGGAUCGAUCGAUGAGCGAAAAGCCUCUGGCAAAAUUCUAGUGUGCGUCGACACUGAUCCAACCCUAACAAGACGAGUAAAGAAGUCGGUCGCUGAAGGAGCUGGGGCUAAAGGUCUGAUCUUGAUCGAUGAAGAAGAGAAAGGGGUGCCUUUUGAUUCCGGCAGCUUUCCAUUCGCAGAGGUAGGGAGCGAUGUUGGACUCCAGAUUCUGAAGUACUUGAACUCGACCAAAAAGCCUUCUGCUGUGAUUCUGCCAUCGGAGGAAGCCAAGGAGAUCAGACCUGCGCCAGUCGUGGCGUAUUUCUCUUCGAGGGGUCCUGGAGGACUCACAGAAGCCAUUCUUAAGCCUGAUGUAAUGGCUCCAGGCGUCAGCAUUGUCGCAGCGUCGAUCCCGAUAUCCGAUACAGGAACAAUUCCGACAGGGCGAGAACCAUCGAAAUUCGCCAUCAAAUCAGGAACCUCGAUGGCCUGCCCUCAUGUCGCCGGAGCGGGUGCCUUCGUAAAAUCAGCUCAUCCGAGAUGGUCUCCUUCAGCGAUAAGAUCAGCGCUGAUGACGACUGCCACGGUCACCAACAAUCUCGGGCGGCCACUGACGAAUCACAAACUAGCCAGCGCAAGCUUCCAUGACAUGGGAUCAGGAGAAAUGAGCCCCCUCAGAGCCCUCAGUCCAGGCUUAGUCUUCGACACCGCCAUAGACGAUUACCUCCUCUUCCUCUGUCGCUACGGCUACAAGGACCAAGCCGUAAGAUCAAUCUCAGGGAGGAGCAACUUCAGCUGUCCCUAUAACGCCGCCGCCUCUCCGGACCUCAUCUCCGACAUCAACUACCCUUCCAUCUCCAUCGCCAAGCUAGAGAGAAAGCAGACGGUGAGCCGGACGGUGACCAACGUGGGACCCCCGAACGCAACCUACACUGCCGCUGUGGACGCCCCAGCUGGCAUCACGGUCCAGGUCUCGCCUGCGAGGUUGUCCUUCUCGAGGAGGGGCGCAAAGGCUUCAUAUGCGGUCGCUUUCGAGGCCCGGGGAGCGAGCAAGGGUUAUGGAUAUGGCUCCAUAACAUGGUCGGAUGGGGCCCACGCAAUUCAUAGUGUUUUUGCAGUGAACUGUGUGUGAUUAUUAUACGCAACCGUGUUUUUAUUCUUUUGUUUUCCGAUUAUUAUUAAAGUCACAGUUUGCUCUUUA